UUCCGAAAGUCGAGUCAUUAAGGAAAAGUUGGUGGUGGAAGCAAGACAUUCAUAUACGAAGACUAAAAAAGAAAAAUAAAAUACGAAAAUGAAAUACUUUAUGGUAUUGGCCGCAUUGUGCCUCAGUGCUGUUGUGGCAGAGGACUUGCACGAAAGGCGUGAUUUUCACAGUCUACAUUUCAGUCAACACCAACAAACUCUUGAAGAGGCUAAGAGAAAAAUUUCAGAUGUUUUGGAUGGACAAGCAUCAUAUGAAGAGGUUGGCAGUUAUGGCGGUGUAGGUGGUGUAGGCACCGUUGGCCUUUCUUCUGGCUCCUCCGGCUAUGGCUCAGCAGGUUAUGGCUCUGCUGGUUAUGGAUCAGCUGCCAAUUCCGCAUUUUCUUCAUCUGCCAAUUCUGGCUUCAGUUCCUCAGCUAAUUCUGCUUUCAGUACCUCUGCCAAUUCCGAAUUUGGUUCCAAAUUUGAUGCUGCCAGUGGCGCUGCCUUCGACACUAACGCUAAAUUUACAUCUGGAUCGAACUUCGGCGCUGCCCACUCUGCCAACAUGGCUGCAGCUACCACAUCCGGUUUCGGUUCCGAGUCCAGCUACACAAGCGGUUCCCAAAUUGGACAAUCUGUUGUUAUCCCCAUUGUCAGCGGUAGUACCGGUGGCCACGAAAGCUAUGUAAAACACGAAGAAAAAAUCAAUCAGGUCGCUACCCCUGUUGUCUAUACAGCUCCAGCUGGUGGUGCUGAGAAGUACUAUCACCACGAAGAACGUCGUGUUACAAACGCUGCAACCCCUGUUGUGUACACUGUGCCCUCUGCUGGUUCCGAAAAAUACGUCCAUCACUCUGAAAAGCGUGUCCAAACUCAAACUUCAGCCCCCGUUAUCCAAUUUGCCCCAUCUGCCGGCGGUGAAGAUUAUGUUCACCACGAAGAGCAUGUGGUAGAAACUAAGCCCCAGGUUAUGCAAUACAUUGCCCCCUCAGGUGGUUCCGAGAAGUACUAUCAUCAUGAAGAACGUCGUGUCCAAAGCCAGCCCCAAGUUAUUCAGUACGUUGCUCCUUCUGGUGGUGCCGAGAAAUACGUUCACCAUGAAGAACGUCGUGUCCAACAGACUCCAGUCCAAGUUGUCGUUGCUCCCUCUGGCGGCCAAGAAUCCUACAUGAAAUACCGUAAAGUUACAACCUCCCAGGCUCAACCCCAAGUUGUGGUAACUGCUCCCGUCUCUUCGUCGUACGUCCACGAAACUUCGUCCGCUUCGAACAGUGGCUCUCAGUUGGGUGCUUUGUUGACUGGUGGACUUAUCAGCAGCUCAACCUCUAAUGUUAACUCCGGCUUUGGUGGUGUGUCCGGUGCCUAUGUUGUGCCAACUAUGACUACUGGUGCCUUGACCACUGGUGCAACCAACUCUCAUUUCAAAACUGGUUAUGGUGCAUCCCACCAUGCUAACUCUGGUUUCGGUGCUGGUAUGAGUAGCGCCAUGACUGACUCUGCUUCUUUCGGAGCCGCACAUAAAUUCGGUUCUUCAUUCGGCGCUGAAUCUAACUUUAAUUCCAAAUUCGGCACUCAAUUUGGCAGCAGUUUUGGUGCAGGUGCUACUUCCGGUACGACAGCUUCCACCACUUCUGGCUUAAACAGCUACAUGCAAGAAGCUGAACGUUUGGCUAAAAUGCAAGUACAAGGUAUGAAUGUUGGAGGUACCCGCACUGGUGGCAGCCAAUUUAAUGCCAACUAUGACAGCGCCAACUUUGGUCUUGGUGGUUUCGGCGGUACCUCCGCUUUGACCGCUGGCGCCGGUGGCCUUGGAGGUGCUGGUGGCUACAAAACCAAAUCCUGGGAAAAGGCUUCUAAAUGGUCCAGCCAAUCUGAGUUUGGUCCCGAUGGUCAAGUAAAGAACUACAAGGAAAUGUCCACUGGUGAAAGUGAAAACUACGACAUCAAUGGACGUCGCGUUGGCUACAAAGCCGCCACCACCACCCUCGACGAUAACGGCAAGUUGAGCAGCUACAGUCUCCACACAUAAGUGGGGGGGAUUCGAAAAACUGUCAGUGUAAUGAAUAAAUAAACAACGUAUAGAUUCAAUAUUUGAUAAUAGAUUUUCAAUAAAACCUUAAACAAAUUGUAAAACGUAAAA